UCCUCCGUAGCCAAAGCAUCACCCAACGAUAAACACAAGCAGUUAGCUAGAAGCUAGCUAAUUAACCUUCUCAGCCACCAGAGAAAGAACAAAUAAUUCAGUGCAAAAGAGAGCAGAAAAAAAGUAACCACAAAGCCAAAUGGCUUCACCAUCCUUCUGCCUACUGGCAGCUCUUCUUGCAUUGGUCUCUUGGCAGGCCAUCGCAUCAGAUCCUAGCCCUCUGCAGGAUUUCUGUGUUGCCGACAAACACUCGCCUGUGCUUGUCAAUGGAUUUGCUUGCUUGGACCCAAAGUACGUGACUGCAGACCACUUCUUCAAGGCAGCCAUGCUCGACACUCCUAGGAAGACAAACAAGGUUGGAUCCAACGUCACGCUGAUCAAUGUCAUGCAGAUCCCUGGCCUCAAUACGCUUGGCAUCUCAAUUGCACGCAUCGACUACGCACCAUUGGGUGAGAACCCACCGCACACGCACCCCCGUGCCACUGAGAUUCUCACUGUCCUUGAGGGAACCCUCUAUGUCGGCUUCGUCACGUCUAACCCAAACAACACACUAUUCUCCAAGGUGCUCAACAAGGGUGAUGUAUUCGUAUUCCCCGAGGGGCUCAUCCACUUCCAAUUCAACCCUAACCCCCAUCAACCCGCGGUUGCAAUUGCUGCACUAAGCAGCCAAAACCCCGGUGCCAUCACCAUUGCAAAUGCAGUGUUCGGAUCAAAGCCACCGAUUUCAGACAAAGUUUUGGCAAAGGCGUUCCAAGUUGAGAAGGGCACCAUCGAUUGGCUCCAGGCUCAGUUCUGGGAGAACAACCACUAUUAAUUGUCCUAAAUAUUGUCCGCUUACGGACUCUAUGUUUUAAUUUUACAUACAAAUAAAUAAGUGGUAUGUAUUUUGUUCUUCCUAUAAAUUCGCAAGGUGUUGGCUUUUUUUAAAGAAAUGAUGUACAUGCAUUGUUUUACCGUUCAAUAAAUAUAAUGCAAUAUAUGGUGUUUGUUACAAAAA